AUGGCUUUCUCAUUAUUUGCGGCAAGAUGGCUUAUGUUAAUUCUUCUGCUACCAAUUCGUGUUUCCCUCAGGUAUCUCUUACAAAUAGAUAGCAAGCCGAUGGUUAGGCAGUUUUCUCGCCUGCUGAUCCAUCUUUUAAGUACUGGGAAGAAGUAGGCUUGGGAGAAAGGGAGGAUCUAACAUUUCCAUUAUUGGAAGUGGUGGGUGGGGAGGAGGGGGAACUCUUGGAAGAUAAAAAACAAAGUAAGAAGGAAAUUGAGAGGUGCAUAGGACCGCAAGAUCCACCCCUUGGGAUACUUAAAUGGACUCACUGUUUGGUUUUUUUUUUUGUACUAGUCCUUGAAUAGUAUUCUCGGCUAAAAACGUUUAGCCUUUUCCAGGUUCUUGGAUAGAAGGGAUGUCGCGUAAGUGAAAGGCAAGCGAACAUAUGAACGCGUGAUCUGAGAAAAGGGGACAGUGGCGGCAAAAAGUAAGGCCGCCCUUCCUCUCCCCAGUUUCCCCUAGUGUUAUUAUCGUGUCAGCCUGGAUUCAACUAUCUCCUCGGAGCCUGGAUUAGGCUAAUGAAAGUUUUUAACUCUAGACGGGUCAGCAGCUUGUUCCCCUCAACAUACCUUAGCAAGCAAUGUAGAUCGUUAAACUUGAUUGGAUAAGUAAUACUUGGAUGACGUUUUUGAUACAAAUAAGGCUCAAUUUUAUAUUCUGGGCCAGAUAAUCCAAUACCUAUUACGGAUAAAUAUACAAAAAAUAAAUGAAAACAAAAAUUAAACAAAUAAGUAAAUGACCGUCUUACCUCCCAUUCACAGUUGUUGUUUUCUCAUUUCAGUGAAGACGCUACAGUUCCACGUGUUGAGGCAGCUAAUGCGUCCGAGAUCCUGGAUCGAUAUUUGAGAUGUUACGACAACAGGACAAGACCUAAUGUAACAGGUAUCGAUUUUUUUCAAUAUUUCCCGGUGAGCGUAGUCCUGGAAAUAAAUUGACUAUUGGCGGCACUUAUAUCCCAGAAACGAUCUUCCUUCACUUCCCGAAGUGAAACCAAUAUUGGGAAAAGUUACCCCAAACUGGUACCAAAUGAAUACUUUCACAAGACUGAAAAACAUUGUCCCAGGAAGUUCCCAAUAAUGGGAAAAAUUCGCAACACUUUCCCAUUUUGGGAAUUGCAAAAUGUUUCCUAUGUUAUUUAUUGAUAUUGUUGCUGAAAUAUUUCCGGGUGAGUUUUGUCCCGAAAAUAAAUUGACUAUUGGCGACACUCCGACGAGCUGAAUAUUCAAGCUAGUAAGUUUUACGAUUUGAUAACUACUUUAAUGAGAGGUAAUAUAGUAGUUAACGACCUUAUGUUUGCCUUGUUUUGCAGGCAAUCCUGAUAUAAUAUAUGUGAGCAUGGCAAUUAAAGCCUUCAGUGAGAUCAAAGAAUCGAAUAUGGCGAGUACUCUUCUAUUUUAUACUCUCUUUUAUUAUAUUCUUCUAUUUUGAGGAGGCAGCGUGGCUGAGCAGUUAGAGCGCUGGACUUGUAAUUCAGAGGCCUCGAGUUGAAGCCCCGCCCUGACCGCGCUGGCUGAAUAUGGUGGUGGUGGUGGUGGUGGUGGUAGGAGUAGCAGUAGCUAUAUUAGUAGCAGUAACAGUAGCUGUAUAUGGUUCAGUUCGGGACGAUGAUUCCUUCUUUAGAAUUAAAAUUGUACGAGGAAAUGGCCAAGCAUACAGCUCUCGUACGCCAAAAAAAGUGCGUGCUGAUUUAAAAAAAUUGUUUUGACGUCAAAAACUGUCCUUUUAUUUUCAGGAAUUUCAAGUGUUUGUUUACUUUCGUCAGUAUUGGACUGACAAGCGGCUGGCGCAUGGAACCGAGGCCACUCUAAUGUUGGGUGGCACUGAUGUAAAUCGCAUAUGGCUUCCUGAUACUUACAUUAACAACGCUAACGACCACGAGGUGUUCCAAGACAACCAGUUGGUGUUGAUUGACAAAAACGGUCAGAUCGUUUACUUCGCUUAUGCCCGGAUAGCGGCGGCCUGUCAGAUGAAACUCGUGAAAUUUCCUAUGGAUGUACAACAAUGUCAUUUGACACUGGAAAGUUGUAAGUAUGAAACAAAAACAGUUGGGGGAGUUGCUGGACCGACCCGUAUAAUCUCCUCAGCCAGAAGCCUAUGGUCAAAGUGCUUGACUUUCUCACUACCUUAGGCCAGCUAUGUAGGUCUUAAAAUUUCAUUACACUCCUUAGUAGGGCAGCCUCCUCGAAUAUAGAGAGUUGAGGACAAGAUUCCAAAAUUCAAGUUUGACAAGUGGUGAUUAAAAAUUAGAGGUGCGUUCGACAGGGAAGGGGCCGCACUUUUAUGUUAAGUUUUUCGCCAAAAAAGGGUUUGUAUAUAGCCCGAAGACAAUACUAAAUUGGAAUUAUUAGGGCUUUGUAUGUAUACGAAAAAAUCACCUGCAUUUAAUUGAAUUUGCUAGAAUGUAUGCUCAGUUUGGUCAACCACCCAGCAAUUUACCCAAAAUUUUUAACCCAGGUGAACAGUCACAAAAUGAGCUGAUGGUGUGACCGUGUGAUAUUCCGUAACCACGCCCUUACAACACUGCCUGUGAGAGGUUAUGACAUGUUAAGAAUAGUUUCAACUCGUCUCAACAUCGCCACAACAUUUCCUUUUGUUCCCAAAAUGUUUAAGCCAUUUGAAACACCCCCGCUUUUUUACUCGCGCAUGCGCGGCGCCUUUACCUUUUCUAUGUUGUGCGCAUGUUAUGAUCAUGUGGCCACUGCUUCAUCGCUGCUUUACCAGUUUAUUUUAUCCUUUUGUCUCAGUCCAGCACACCAUUGUCCAGAUGGACUUCAGGUGGAAAGAGGAUCAUCCUAUCACAUUGCUUAACAAGGAGUUAGCCGAAUUCGACGUAGUGAAAGUGGAAAUGAAGUCAAAAAAUGUUACCUAUAUUUCAGGUUGGUCAAGUCAAAGUAAUACUUAAAAUCCUCUCUAUGCUAACCACCAGAGAGAAUUGUCCGUUAUACACACUCAGUUUGAUGCAACGAACGUGAUCAGAUUGCGCUCUACGCAUUUCAUUCAUUAUUAGUUGAAGUCCAAACGAAUGCUGGCUGCCCCGCAUACAAAUAGCAACCUGGAGAUUAGGAUUGCGGGCUCCUCUCGUCGCCCGCUUAUAUGACGUCCCUUAAAAGUUUUGUAAAUACGUCAGUGGCUGCACUAUUCAGUGUUCCAUUUUAUGUUUUCUUUCAGGAAAAUAUAAAAACCUGGUAGCUGCCUUUACAUUUCACCGUCGCAUGGGUUUCUACUUCAUUCAAUUUUAUAUUCCCUGCAUUGUGAUGGUUUCUCUAAGCUGGAUCUCUUUUUGGAUGGAUCAAUACUGCAUCGGAGAACGACUUUCGCUCGGGAUAACGACAAUUCUCACGAUAGUUUUCCUACUUGGCUCCAGUAACUCGACCAUGCCUCGUGUGAGCUAUGCCAAAGCAAUUGACUGGUAUCUGAUGGGUUCAUUCAUCUUUGUUUUUUCUACUCUUGUUACUGAUUUGUUAAUCUACAGGCUUCGCUCCAAAGAAGAGGAGAAAGAAAAGGACAGGGAGGAAGAAAUGAAGGUAAGAAGUGGAAGGCAGAAGUUUGCAUAUUCAAGACCUUAGUUUGAGUUAAGUUCGGAAAAUUUCCUAAAAUAAAAGAGGAUCGAUUUGGAGGUUCAGCUUCCACAACCUGGCAGCUGGAUACCAUUCAGGGUAUUUCAGCAACCAAUAAGAUGAUAACUCAGUAUCUUGAGUCAGUUGAUAAGAUGAAAAUGGAAGGAUACAGACUGACAUUUCAUUUCUUGCAUGGAGCCCUCAUCAAAAAUGUUUUUAGAUGAACUAAAAUGCAAAGAAUGUACGUCUCGAUGAAUCCAUGAUGAAUCAUGUAAUAACCAAAAAUCCUUCACGUUUACAAAAAUCCCCUGCAAAUUUUCGAGUACGUUACGGCCGCGUUUUUAACACUUGCAUGACAUGGUCUGGCAUGUUGGGUAGUUUGGCAGGUUAUAGAAGGUUCGGUUAUUCUCUGCUUCAAAUUUGGAUUCAAUCUUUCUCUGCUAACCAUAUUUUUAGCUUGAUGAAGCAAUCAUACUUUUAACCGACGUGUCUUCUUUUCCUAGCCUCAAAACAACAAAAUAGUGUUCCAGUGUAAACAUGGCUUCAAACCCAACUACAUAGCAGAUUCCAAUGGACAUGUUCAUUUGGUGACUUAUCAAGAAAACAGGGAUGAAGAGAGUGCAGGGUAUUUUGAGUCCUGUUUGGCUGGAACCCAGUCCUCUAGCGGUCAAAAAACUGAUCUAGGCAAGCUAACCAACAAGUGCUGUCGUUACCUGUAUCCAAUAUCCUUUGCCAUAUUCAACUUGGGUUAUUGGUUGGCUCUUAGUGCUUAA